AUGGCUCAGACUAUCGCCAGAGGAUCGGGUCGAGAUGAUCAACUGGUGGAUAUCGACCAGGCCUUCCAGGACUUCAUGAGAGAUUACAGCAAGAAGUAUGAGACGGAUGAGCAGUACCAGGUUGCGAAGGCUGCUUUUUCACAAAGCGUGAGGGAAAUAGAGGAAUUGAGAGCGAAUG